UGAGAGUAAUAGCCUAUCCGCCAUUGUGGAAUAGAGUAGGGAUAUUCUAAUCAGUCAUUAGUCAGUAACAGAGUACAUGUUUGAGAGUAAAGCAAGUAGUAGCUAGGUAAAUUACUCUGCCUUUCGUGACUGAAAUUGUAUCGCUGCUGUCCAGGACGCGCGUGGAAAACAUUUGGACGGGCAAGAAAAACACCGCCUAUAAAUACAGUCAGAUUGAAUAUCCCGAGACGAGAGAGGAAAAUAUCAGGGAGCAGUGGCUGUAAUAGACUGUGAACACCGCAACAAACAGGUUUUAGUUUGGGCUCCUGGAGGAUGUCUGCGACCACUGUCGAUCAGAGACCUAAAGGACAAGGAAAUAAAGUGCAAAACGGUUCAAUGCAUCAGAAGGAUGCUGUGAAUGAUGAUGACUUUGAGCCUUAUUUAAGCAACCAGACAAAUCAGAGUAACAGCUACCCACCAAUGUCCGAUCCUUACAUGCCAAGCUACUAUGCUCCUUCUAUCGGAUUCCCCUACUCCCUCGGCGAGGCGGCCUGGUCCACCGCCGGCGACCCGCCGAUGCCGUACCUCACCACCUACGGACAGAUGAGCAACGGCGAGCACCACUUCAUCCCGGACGGCGUGUUCAGCCAGCCGGGGGCCCUGGGCAACACGCCGCCCUUCCUCAGCCAGCACGGCUUCAACUUCUUCCCGGGCAACGCCGACUUCUCCACCUGGGGCACCAGCGGCUCCCAGGGCCAGUCCACGCAGAGCUCGGCCUACAGCAGCAGCUACGGCUACGCGCCCAGCUCCCUGGGCCGGGCCAUCGCGGACGGACAGGCGGGCUUCGGCAGCGACACGCAGCUCAGCAAGCUGCCGGGCCUGGGCAGCAUCGAGCCGGGCAUGGCGGGGCUGAAGCUGGGCUCGGACAUGGUGGCCGCCACCAAGACGGUGGGCUCGCCCCUGGGUGGCACCGGGGGCAUGAGCAGCAUGGCGGCUAGCAACAUGCCCUCCGUCAGCUCCUCGGCGCCCAAGCCCACCUCGUGGGCGGCCAUCGCCCGCAAGCCUGCCAAGCCCCAGCCUAAAGUCAAGCCCAAAGUCAACAUCGGCAUGGCAGGCAACAUUGCCAUCCCCCCGCCGCCCAUCAAGCAUAACAUGAACAUUGGCACCUGGGACGACAAGGGGUCCCUUGGCAAACCACCCAUGGCCCAGCAGAUGUUGCCCCCGCCGCCACACCAAACCCUGAUGCAGCAGCAGCUGCUAGCCCAGCCCCAGACCCUGCUGCAGAGCCCCAUGCCCCCCCAGCCCCAGCACCAACAUCAACAUCAACAUCAACAUCAACACCAUAACCAACAUCAACAUCAACAUCAACACCAUAACCAACAUCAACAUCAGCACCAACACCAACACCAGCAUCAGCAUCAGCAUCAGCAACUCCAGAUGCAGUCGCCCCAACCACCCCAGCAAAUGCCCCCCGGCCCCCCACACCCUCAUUCUCACCCACACCCACACCAACACCCACACCAGCUCCCACACCCCCACCACCACCACCACCACCCCUCUCAGCCAGGACCCCCCCAGGCUUUGCACCAACCCCCCCAGCAGCAGCAGCAGCAUCAGCAUCAGCACCAGCACCAGCCAAGUGCCCCCCCACAGAACCGCUGGGUGGCCCCCAGGAACCGGGGCAACGCCUUUGGCCAGUGCGGAGGGAUGGAGAGCUUCGGCAUGGGCCCCGGGGUGCCCCUGAGCGGCUCGCCCGGCUCCUGCGAGGUGCACCCGGUGCUGGAGAAGCUCAAGGUGCUCAACAACUACAAUCCCAAAGACUUCGACUGGAACCUGAAGACGGGCCGCGUGUUCAUCAUCAAGAGCUACUCGGAGGACGACAUCCACCGCUCCAUCAAGUACAACAUCUGGUGCAGCACCGAGCACGGCAACAAGCGGCUGGACGCCGCCUUCCGCUCGCUGGGCGGCAAGGGCCCGCUCUACCUGCUCUUCAGCGUCAACGGCAGCGGGCACUUCUGCGGCGUGGCCGAGAUGAAGUCGCCGGUGGACUACAACGCCUACGCGGGCGUCUGGUCUCAGGACAAGUGGAAGGGCAAGUUCGAGGUGAAGUGGGCGUUCGUCAAGGAUGUGCCCAACAACCAGCUGCGGCACAUUCGCCUGGAGAAUAAUGAUAACAAGCCCGUCACCAACUCCAGGGACACGCAGGAGGUGCCCUUGGAGAAAGCCAAGCAAGUGCUUAAAAUUAUCACCACUUUCAAGCAUACCACCUCAAUCUUUGAUGACUUUGCACAUUAUGAGAAGAGGCAGGAGGAAGAAGAAGCCAUGAGAAGGGAGCGGAAUAGAAAUAAACAGUAACUUCACCAAGAUGGCCCUGCUAGAAACUUGCAACACUAAUGACGUAGAACCUUAAAACUUUGCCUAACCACGAGGAAAACUAAACAGACAGAGGCUUUCCAACGUCCUCUCUCUCCUCUCCCCCGAAGACUCAUGUAUGAACAAACACUUUAACACUACGCUGGACUUCUCUGUGUGUGUGUGUGUGUAUGUGUGUGUGUGCGCGUGUGUGUGCACUGGCGUGUGUGGCAAGGUCUUUGAUACGUCUGCUCCUCGGCACUCGAGUCACGAGAGAACGAAAGAAGUCAGUCACUUCAACUGUAUCUUUAAGCACUUUGUCCUUUUUACGGCUUCUACCGGCAUCCCUAAAAAUCUCCCAUCACACGCCCCAUUUUGGUAUCUGCUGGCAAACCAGUGAACCAGUGUUGUUGGUUCUCUGUUUUUGUUCUUGUUCUUGUUUUAUUUUGUUUUGUUUUGUUGUUGGUAUUCCUUUAAUCAUCAUAAAAAAAAAUGUUAGGGCUCUCAGAGAAGAUUGAAGGUAGUAUCAUGCACCACAUACCAGAACACAAUGACUACAACAACAACAACAACAACAACAGACACUUGUGCUUGAAUCUGUGUGGAGCUGUGUGGGCUUGGAUCUGAACACGCUGUGGACGCCCGUGUUGUUCGUAGGUUAAACAAAAAAGAAAAUCACAUGCCUCUGUUGUAGGGAAACAAGAUGGCGGCUGAUCUGUCUCUCAUGUGGAACGGACUAAGGCCUGUUUCACGUCAGAUACAUUGUGCGUGUGUGUAGCAGCUGCAGAACCUCUUGGCUUUUAUUGAUUUUCAAGACUCGAGCUGUUGAAGAAGCACAUCUUAUGCAGGCAGUGUGAGUGUCCUAACCAGCUAGCAAGGGCGGCUAGAGGAAAAUCAACACGUUCUGCAGAGGUAACAGCCGCACGCAACGCAUCGAAUGUGAAGCAGGCCUUAGCCCAGAUCUGACCCUAACAUGGCCCCGACUAGAUGUGGCACUAAUGUGGCACGUUCUAGGCCCAGAUCCGUCACUAAUGCGGCACGUUCUAGGCCCAGGUCCGUCACUAAUGUGGCACG